AGGCUUCCUUCGUUCCUUAUAUUUUUCUAUGUUGCGCAUCGCCAUCACGUACAAUUCACGAAUACCCAUUAAAAUUCCAGACUUAGAGCAAACUAUAACAUCCAGUUCUCUCGCACUGCACUGAAAAUCUUUUCUCAGGCGACAUGGGGGAAAUAGAGAACGUGUGCGGUCGAGGGCCAAAAGAAACCAUCCAACUUGACGUUAAAUGGCAAAAGACUCUAGACAAGGCUGCUAAGGGUGUGGUCACUGUCAAGUUUUGCCAUACUUGGUCGUUCGACGCCGAGGACGCAUGUUCUUCCGAAGCCACGGGCUUUGUGGUCGAUGCAGAACGAGGAUACAUCCUCACAAAUCGACAUGUAGCUGGACCGAACCCGUUCUGGGGCAGGUGUAUUUUCGAGAACCACGAAGAGGUCGACGUCCAUGUGAUUUACUACGACCCAGUCCACGACUUUGGUAUUCUUCGCUAUGAGCCCAAAUCAAUCAGGCAUAUGUUCGUUUCGGCCAUAGCUCUACGGCCUGACCUGGCCAAGGUCUCCGAGGAAGUUCGAUUAAUCGGCAACGACGCGGGGGAGAAACUUAGCAUCCAGUCCGCUGUGAUCAGCAGAGUAGACAGAAAUGCACCAGACUACGGCAAAUCAACCUACAAUGAUUUCAAUAUCAACUACAUCCAAGCCGCUGCUGGUGCGACUGGCGGGAGCUCAGGGAGUCCCGUGGUCAAUAUCGACGGACAAGCAGUGGCAUUACAGGCUGGAGGAAGAAAUGCCGCCGCAACGGAUUAUUUCCUUCCACUUGAUCGUCCACUUCGUGCUCUUGAGUGCCUUCAGAAAGGAGAACCUAUCACUCGCGGUACGAUUCAAUGUCAGUGGAAAUUCAACCCUUUCAAUGAAUGUCAAGGCCUUGGCUUGUCUUCAGAAUGGGAGACAGCUUUCAGAGAGGCUUUUCCAAAUGAGGUCGGAAUGCUGGUAGCAGAACGCAUCAUACCAGAGGGUCCGUCAGAUUCGAAAAUCAAAGUUGGAGAUAUUCUCAUUAAGGUUAAUGGGAAGCUUCUGGCACAAUUCAAGAACCUAGACGACAUUCUCGAUUCCAGCGUUGGAUGCAUCAUAGAUGUCCUCUUACAGAGACGUGGCGAAGACGUCGAGGUUCAAGUUGAGGUAGCAGAUCUCCACAAAAUCACACCGAAUCGUCUUGUUUCAGUUGCUGGAGCUACAUUCCAGGACCUCUCAUAUCAACGAGCUCGAGCCCACGGAGUUGCCUGUAAAGGCGUCUUUCUCUGCAACGGACAGGGGUCUUUCUUUCCAAUACCGGAUAAUCGUCUCAUACAGAAAGUCGAUUCUAAGGCUACGCCCGAUUUAGAUACGUUUAUCGAGGUCAUGAAGGCGAUCCCAGAUCAAGCAAGAGUCGUCGUGACAUCCACGAAUCUUAAUGAUCCACUUACUCCUCAAUUUCACAUAUUGUGUAUUGACCGUUAUUGGUCAAAGAAGAUGAGACAAUUUGUCAGAAAUGAUAAGACUGGUUUAUGGGACUCUACAGAUCUUGCCGAUGCGAUUACUAGGCUCCCGCCAGUUCCGCGAACUGCAACUUUUGUCGAACUUCGCGGCGUUCCACCACUUAUCGCAGAUAUAGCGAGGUCUGUUGUCAAGGUCAAGUGUUUUGCUCAUCAGGAACUAGAUAACACGUGGACUGAAGCACGACCAAGCGUUGGUGUCGUGAUCGAUGCAGAGAAAGGCGUCGUCCUCGUCUCCCGAGCAACAUUACCUCAUGGCCUGUGCAACAUUUCCAUCACAAUUGCAGAUUCAAUUACCGUUGAAGGGGAAGUUUUGUUUUUGCACAUUCUGCACAAUUAUGCUCUUAUCAAGUACGACCCUAAACUUGUCAUAGCUCCAGUUAAGAGCGUGAAGUUGAGUUCGAAACCAGUGGAGCAAGGAGCCAGCCUGUAUUUUGUAGGCUUCAAAAACAACAACAUCGGAGGUCCAAUAUGUACACGAACUACUGUCACAGAGGUUUGCAAUCUUCAACUCGAGCCGAACUCUGAUUACCCAAAAAUCAGGGCGAUGAAUAGUGACACAGUAAAAGUAGACACGAGACUCGCUAAUGACUGUGGAAGUGGCUUCCUCAUCAAUGAUGAAGGAAUCGUUCAAGCCUUGUGGUUAACGUCGCUCUAUUACAAUGGCGACAGUAAUGCAUUCCAUUACUACGGCCUUCCCAGCUCAACAGUUGUACCUAUCGUUUCGAGAGUACGUAAGGGUGAAAUCCCCAAACUCUGCAUUCUUAGUGUCGAAUUCGAGGGCAUCACAAUGAGCCAAGCUUAUGACAUGAAAGUGUCUACGGAAUGGGUUAACAAAGUGGAAGUCGCCAAUACCUCUCACCACCAACUAUUCAAAGUCAAGAAACGUACGAUCCAGUGCGAGGACACUUCCAGAUCACUGCUAGAAGGAGACAUAAUAUUGACCAUGAAUGGUAAUAUUGUAACUCGCAUCUCAGAACUUGACAUUAUGGAUGACGCAGAAACUGUGGAUGUACGGGUCGUUAGAGAUGGUGAGGAAGUCAACUUGAAGCUUCAGACCGUCCUAUCAGAUGAUCUGGAAACCAAAAGAGCCCUUCUCUUCUGCGGUGCACUACUACACGCGCCUCAUCACGACGCUAGGCUCAGAGUUGGAAAGCCACCCAGUGAAGUGUUUGUGUCUUGCAUUCUUGAUGGAUCACCUGCACGCCAUUACGGGCUCCACACAACAAUGUUCCUUACUCAUAUCAAUGCCAUAGAGGCUCGUGAUCUUGAUUCAUUCCUUGAGGCAGCCAUGGCAAUCCCCGACAACACUAACUUCACUUUGACAACGAGGAGUCUCAGUGGUAUCGAGCAAGUGAUGAAGAUGAAGAGAUGUGACCAUUACUUUCCAACGAUGGAGUAUAUCAGAGCAUCGCCGAAAUGGAUAGCGCGAUCGAUCUAAGAUUGAUGACAAGAAUGGGGCAUGCCGAAUUUUGAGACUGGUAUCCUAGGAUGUUUGGGUCAUUCGUCCGUUGCUUGGGGCAUGCUCAGUUCAUUGGAGUCCGUGGGGCAACUCACUUACACAGCAUACUGCAUGGAUUUGACAACGCAUUUUAGAGUUUACUUUUCCUAUCAAGUUCUGUUUUUGAUAUGCAAAGUCGUUUAUGAAUACCCCGUUGUCACUUCUGCUAAUCGCUGCAGUCCUCUGAUAGUGAUAGCUGCCAAGUCUUAGGACAAUCCACAAGCGCUCCCACUCAGGUACUGCACGUUAAUUCGAGCAAUUUUCAUCCCGAAGCAGCUGCAGCCGAUUAUCCUAUGUUAAUGUCAUAUGCAGCCUAGAGUCAUCGGCCCCGGAGAGUUUAUGUUACGAGAUAUUCUAGAUU